AUUACCAUAUGAUCUAAUGUGGGUGUCAGCCUGGAUUGUGUUCAUUGAGGGAAACCUUUUUUUUCCCCCCUCCUAACUGGGCUAUGGAGUAGAAAGAAGCAAGAAGGUUUUCCACCAAGUGACAGUCACAGAGCAGUAACCUGCCCCCCUCCUCCUCCUUUUCCUCCUCCUCUCCACACCUGCAAACUUUUUUUUUCCCCUGCCUGGGUUGAAUAUUUAGUGUAAUUACAUCUCAGCUUUUGAGGGCUCCUGUGGCAAAGCCCUGGAUGAAAAGGUUCUCUGCUCCUGUAAAAUUGAUGAAAUAAAUCAUGAAAUCUACUAUCAUCUUCCUCCUUCUUGUACCAGUUUGCUGGGCCAAACCAUUUCAAACGGGUUUAUUUGACUUUAUGCUGGAGGAUGAGGCCUCUGGGGUAGGUCCCACCGACAGUAGUUUUGACCCUAGAUAUGACCUAGAACCAUUAGGUCCAGUCUGCCCCUUCCGUUGCCAGUGCCAUCUGCGAGUUGUUCAGUGCUCUGAUUUGGAACUGGGCACCAACCCUCUCAAGAGUACAGGAAUAGAUCCUGGCACCUUUGGUGGAAUGAAGAAACUCUCCUAUAUCAGAAUUUCAGAUACAAAUAUAACUUCUAUCCCUCGAGGUCUUCCAGUCUCUCUCACUGAACUCCAUCUUGAUGGCAACAAAAUCACAAAAGUCGAAGCAGCUAAUCUAAAAGGACUCAACAGCUUGACUAAAUUGGGUCUUAGUUUCAACAGCAUCUCAGCAAUGGACAAUGGAUCUCUGGCCAAUACACCCCGUCUGAGAGAGCUUCACUUGGACAACAACAAGCUCCUCAAAGUGCCUGGAGGCCUGGCAGAGCAUAAAUAUAUUCAGGUGGUCUACCUCCACAACAACAACAUUUCCACCGUGGGAACCAAUGACUUCUGCCCUCCUGGGUACAACACCAAAAAGGCUUCUUACUCAGGCGUAAGCCUCUUCAGCAACCCAGUACGGUACUGGGAAAUCCAGCCCUCCACUUUCCGUUGUGUCUAUGAACGGUCUGCCAUCCAGCUGGGGAAUUAUAAAUAGAUCUAAAAAGAGUGUAAGGAAAGAGGGGGUUCAAUUGUGUAACAGCUAAAAAUAAUGUGGCAAAGGCCUGUUAGUAUAAAGCUAGAUAGUGGAAACCUAAUUGUCAAGUGGACUUUCCCUUUACAAUUAAUUCACUAUGCAUUUAGACCAAAUAUGCAGUUGAAAUAAUUGCCUACCACAAUUUAAAAAUAAUGAUAAUAUUUUGCCUGCAAUGUUCAGUCUAAUUUCUAAAACAUCUUUUGAGUUCCUCCCAAUUUCCACAAAUUGUUGUAUAUUGAGAUUUGGACUAGACAUUUGUCUAACAUUUGAUCAUUAAACUUUAACUUUUGAAAUCUUGAGAAUGGAUUGAGUUUAAAAGGGAAUUUUUGUUUUUAUUUUUUUCUAUUUUUGCUAACUUCUAAAGCAAUCAUUGUCUUUGGCUUUGAUUCAAACCCUGGAGGUUUACUAAUUAAUAUCCACUAUCAUAUUGUAAGCAUAAUUGUGAAUGUAUCUAUUUACAUAGGCUAUGUAAAAAGCGCUAUCAUUAUUGUUUUGGCACACAAAAAAUCAUAAUGUAUUCAUAUUUACAUUUUUUUAAAGUGUUGGUUUACAAACCUUCCCUGAAUAGAAUUUUUAAAACAAGCACAACUCACUUUGGCUACCAAAAUAAUAAAUCAAUUCAAGUUCCAGGCA